AUGGCAGUGUCAGGUCGUAAACUUUCAGAUUUCCAAUCUUCAGUGUCAAAAGGUUCAGAAGAGGAUUUUAACCAGGAGUGUGAUCCCUGUUUCAGUGAUGGUCAACAUGAAGAUGCCCAUGGUUACUGUGUAGACUGCAAGGAAUAUCUUUGCAAAAGAUGUCUUGAAUUUCACCAAAGAACCAAUGCUUUUAAUCACCAUCAACUGCUGGACAAAGAUAACAUGGGUUUCUACGAAACUGCUUCAACAACAACAUCUCAAGUAUGCACCGAAAAAUGCACUAAACAUACUGAUGAAGUUAUUAAGUUCUUUUGUCCAGAACACAAGGCACUUGGUUGCCAUGACUGCAUGAUCAUGGAUCAUAGGACAUGUAAGAUUGACUAUAUACCUGGUAACUGCGCAGGUGUAGAGGACAGUGAAGAAUACAAGGGGACAAUGUGGCUGUUGAAUCAAAAGCUGAAAGAAAUAGAUUUCAUAAUGAAAAAGGCAACAAUCAGGGAUAAGAAAAUUGAUGUUUGCUAUGACAACCUCUUCAAACAAAUUGUCAAAUUCCGAAAAGAAAUAAAUGAUCAUCUAGACCAACUGCAAAGACAACUUAAGAAAGAGGCCGACAGAAAAAAAUCUGAUGGUAAACAAGUCAUCAAGACAGUGCUUCAAACAUUCACAAAUGUUUCUGCUGAUUUUAACAAACUACAGUCAAAUUUAAGUUUUAACAAUCAAUCAAAACAGAAUGGGCAACUUUACAUCAACAUUAAACAAGCUCAAGCCAAACUAAAGUCAGAUGAAAUAAAGAAGGCUGAAGAAGCUUUAGAAAAGACAAACAUGCAAUACAGCUUUGAACGUAACAAAAAGUUAGAAGGUGUGCUGUCCAAACCAAAUAUUCUCGGUAACCUCACCCUAUCAAGCACCCUAGCCAUGCCAAGAAAGAAAGUAAAUUAUAUCAAAAAAUCAGAUAUAAAUGUAAGAACAAAAUCUGAUCCUAGAAUUUAUAAAUACCGUAUUACAGGAUGUGCUGUGUUGUCCUCUAACAAACUGGUGUUGGCUGAUGACAAUCAACGCAAGCUUAAAGUUGUAGAUAUACAGAGUAAAGCUGUGAUAGAAGAGAAAACACUUGGCUCCUACCCAUGGGACAUUGCUAAAAUGCCUAGGGACCAUAUUGCUGUUACACUGCCAGAAAACAGUGAGGUAAUCAUAAUGAAAGCAGCCAGUAAUCUGUCAAUUGUCCACAAGAUUCCAGUUAAAUGUAAAUGCUAUGGUAUAUUUUAUCACCAAGAUCAUCUCUAUGUUGUUUGCCAGAACCCUAACAGUGCACUGAUACUGGAUACACAAGGUAAUGUCCAGAACACAAUCUCUCUGUAUAAUGACAUAUUCAAUGACCCACAAUAUAUUGUGGUAAGUGAGGAUUCCAGACGUAUCUAUAUCAGUGACUAUGAUAGCCACUGUAUAGUCAGUAUAACAUUACAAGGUGAUGUUUCAGCUGUAUACAAACACGUGAAACUUAGUACACCAUUAGGAAUGGUGAUGUUAGAUGAUGGAUCAUUCCUGGUGUGUAGCUUCUGGAAUGACACCAUUCUUCAUAUAUCAGGAGACUUGAAGAAAGGUCAGACAAUGAUAGGAGGUAUAUCAUACCCACAAUCUAUAUGCUACAGUCAUCAACAUGAUGCAGUCUAUAUUGGCUGCUGGGAUGAUCUGCUGAAGAGUUACAGUUUGAAAUAA